AUGAGCUCUUUCGAAUUUAAUAUCAAACAUGCUGGCGUUAUUUAUCCAAUUAAGUUGAACGAUGAGGACACUGCCGGUGACUUGAAGUCCCAGGUUGAGGAGUUAACUAAAGUUCCUAUUUCCCGUCAAAAAUAUAUGGUUAAAGGUGGUCUAACCGAUGACAGCAUAAAGAAUUUAUCUGAGAUCAUCAAGCCGGGUUCAAAUAUUAUGCUUUUAGGUACUCCUGAUGCAAAUUUAGUUUCAAAGCCUAAAUCUCAAAAUCACUUUAUUGAAGAUUUAACACCUGAACAGCAAGUUCAACAAUUCAAUGAUAUACCAAUUGGCUUCAAGAAUAUGGGAAAUACAUGUUACUUAAAUGCUACUUUACAAGCAUUGUAUAGAAUUGAUGAUUUAAGAGAUGCUGUGUUAAACUUUGAUGUUUCAAUAAAUAAUGAUAAAAACGGAGAGAACGAAACACAUAUCAAGUUGGUUACGGAGUUAAAGCGUUGUUUUGAAGGUUUGAAAAAUAAAAGCUUCAAAUCAGUUAUGCCUGUUGUAUUAUUAAAUGCGUUAAGAAAAACAUACCCGCAAUUUGCAGAGCGUGACCCACAAUCGGGAUUUUAUAAACAACAAGAUGCUGAAGAAUUAUUGACACAAUUAUUUCAUUCCAUGGGAAUUGUAUUUGGUGACAAAUUUACUGAUGAUUUCAGAAUCCAAUUCAGAACAACAAUAAAGGACACUAACAAUGAGAGUGAUUUAUCUGUCAGAGAAGGUGAAAAUGAUCUAAAAUUACAAUGUCACAUUUCUGGUACUACCAAUUUUUUGAAAAAUGGACUCAUUGAAUCUUUGAAGGAAAAGAUCGAAAAAAGAUCUGAAAUAACAGGAAUGAAUUCCCUUUAUUCUGUUGAAAAGGAAAUUACAAAAUUGCCAAAAUUUCUAACUGUUCAGUACGUAAGAUUUUACUGGAAAAAAUCGAGUGGCAAAAAAUCUAAAAUUUUACGUAAAGUGGUUUUCCCAUUUCAAUUAGAUGUUACAGAUCUUUUAACCUCUGAAUAUCAACAAGAAAAGAUUACAGUACGUGAAGAAUUAAGAAAAGUUGAAAAAGAGAAAAAUGAAAAGGAGCGUGAAAUAAAGAGACGUAAGAUGAAUAAUAAUAAUAAUAAUUCUGAAGAAGACGUUGUGAUGACACCAAGAGAAGAAUUUGAGACCAAGAAAGCUAUUCAGGAAAGCGAACACGAGCAUUGGAAGCAAGAAUUCAAAAAGCAUUUCCCCGAAAAUCUACAAACGGGUGAGAAUCCAUCAUCUGUAUAUGACUUGGUAGGUAUCAUUACGCAUCAAGGUGCCAAUUCGGAAUCUGGUCAUUACCAAGCUUUUAUUAGAGAUGAAAAUGACGAAAACAUUUGGUAUAAAUUCAAUGAUGAUAAGGUCAGUAUAAUUGAAAAGGAAAAAAUUGAAUCUUUAGCCGGUGGAGGUGAAAAUGAUAGCGCUUUGAUUUUGAUGUAUAAAGGAUUGGGCUUGUAA